AUGCUUGAAAGCGCCUGUCCAGAAACUGCUCAUACAGAGCAUGCCCAUACGGAGGCAUCGACUGAAGAUAUUGACAUCGCUCGCUCCGAAGCCACCUUCCGUUUUACAGUCACAAACUUAAGCCAGCUAAAAGAACAAGUUCUUUCCCCGCCUUGCUUCGUACGAUGUCUGCCAUGGAGGAUACUGGUCCUUGUCCGCAAUACAAGCACUCCAGAAAGACAACAGCAAAAAGCACUUGGAAUCUUUCUGCAGUGCAAUGGGGACUGCAGUAUACCUGGUUGGUCAUGCUACGGGCUGGGGGAGCUUAAGUUGUUGACGUAUAAGCCGGAUGAAGAGCAUCUAUGUAGGAAGCUGCAUCACAUGUACCAUUGUAAAGAGGAUGAUUGGGGUUUCGCUCACUUCAUAUCCUGGAAAGACCUUAUGGAUGAAGAGAAGGGCUUUGUGAAAGACGACUCCAUCACCAUUGAGGCGCAUGUGAUAGCUGAAGCACCACAUGGAGUGUCUUGGGACUCGAAGAAACAUACUGGUUAUGUUGGUCUCAAAAAUCAAGGGGCGACAUGCUACAUGAAUUCCCUUUUACAAACUUUAUUCUUCACAAAUGUGUUACGAAAAGCCGUUUACAAAAUACCGACUGUUGGCGACGAUAGUUCAAGAUCCGUCGCUUUUGCGCUACAACGAGUUUUCUACGAUCUGCAGUUCUCAGACAAACCUGUCGCUACCAAGAAACUGACUAAAAGUUUCGGCUGGGAGACUUUGGAUUCAUUUAUGCAACAUGACGUUCAGGAAUUUCUACGGGUACUUAUUGAUAAACUAGAGAACAAGAUGAAGUGUACUGCAGUUGAAGGCACUAUUCCGAAAUUUUUUGAGGGCAAAAUGACUUCAUUCAUCAAGUGCAGGCAUGUGAACUGCACUAGUGCUUGCGUCGAGACUUUUUAUGAUAUUCAGCUAAGUGUCAAGGGAAAAAAAGACAUUUACGAAUCAUUCAAAGACUACAUCAGCACAGAACUGCUAGAUGGCGACAACAAGUACGAUGCAGGGGAACAUGGCCUCCAGGAGGCUGACAAAGGCGUUCUGUUUGACGAAUUUCCUCCCAUACUUCACUUGCACUUGAUGAGAUUUCAAUACGACCCGCAGAGCGACACUUCCGUUAAGUUUAAUGACAGGUUUGAAUUCUACGAAGCAUUGAAUUUAAACGCGUACCUGAAAGAAAUUCCAGCCACUCCUGCGCACUACACAUUGCAUGCCGUAUUAGUCCACUCGGGAGACAAUCAUGGUGGACACUACGUAGUUUUCAUAAAUCCUAAAGGCGAUGGGAAGUGGUGUAAGUUUGACGAUGACGUGGUCUCUCGUUGUACGAAGCAAGAAGCAAUAGAAUACAAUUAUGGCGGCAGAGAAGACGCACCGUACUUAGCCCGGCGAGCUACAAGUGCCUAUAUGCUUAUUUAUAUACAAACAUCACAAUUAAAGUACGUUUUACAAGACGUAGCGGAGACCGACAUACCGGCAGAUCUCUGCGAGCGAAUCAACGAGGAGAUGCGCUACGAGAUGGUAAGGACAAACGGCAGAAAAAUAAGGUGCAAGAAAUUUAGGUCCGACACGUCAGUUUGCUCCGUGAAGUAUUAUACGAAGAUUUUUAGCGCUUUAAAACACUUUUUUACUUUGCAAGCGAUUGGGGGGUCCAAAUAUAAAUGA